AAUUUGCAAUGUCCCAGCAGCAGCAGCAUGAGCAGCAGUGUAACGUCCCAUCGCCAUCGUCCACUGCCUCCAUCCACCUGAAGAUUUCUCAGACAAUUCUUAUUACCAGUGGUGGCAGCGCAGCAUUUGGAAAGGGUGAAUCAAUCUGAGAGAGAGAGAGGAGAGGGUAGAGAGAGAGAGAGAGGGGGGGAGAGAGAGAGAGAACACAGUGAGGGAGUGAGAGAGAGAGAGAGAGGGGGAGAGGAGGAGAGGAAGAAGACAGCGUCGGCGGCGGCUCUGCAGUGGAAUACGCUCAUAUUUGAGAGGAAGGUGAGAAGCUCUCUCGGAGUACUCGACCAGCCAACCUGUGCGUGCAUGUGGAGCGAGGAGCAAGGGGGGGACAGGGACGUGAAGGCAGCAUCAUGAGAUAAAAAAGUCACUCCUGGGUUCCUCUGACUUCAAAAAAAGCAUCGCUCAAAUCCCCAGACAGCUCCAGAAAAAAAGGGAAUAACAUCUGUUUAUCUGCAUAUUUCUAUGUUUAAAACACAAGAGGAGAAAACAGAGAGAUCGACAGAGGACACAUAACAUCCUCGAGAAUGCAGAAUUAGAUGGAACAAAUUGUCGCUGGAGGACCAAAAGGAGGAUAAACCUUUUUCUCGCUCAGCCACCAGUGUGGAGUCCGCUCACCUGUACCUCCGGAUUAAAGAGCAGGGUCAUGUCCCAGUUGCCAUGCGCAUCCCCACGCUGACCUGCCUCCCCGGCCCCUCCCCCUUCCUCUUUCUAUUGGCCCAGCUGCUACUGCGGCUCCUCCUCCCUGGGCCGGAGUUGGUGGGAGCCGCCUCCUCCUGCCCCUCCCACUGUACCUGCUCCAACCAGGCCAGCCGAGUCAUCUGCACGCGGCAGAACCUGGAGGAGGUGCCUGAGAGCAUCUCAGUCAACACGCGAUACCUCAACCUGCAGGAGAACUCCAUACAGGUAAUCAAGUCAGACACUUUCAAGCACCUGAGGCAUCUUGAGAUCCUCCAGCUCUCCAAGAAUCAGAUCCGUCAGAUUGAAGUCGGAGCGUUCAAUGGCCUCCCCAACCUCAACACACUGGAGCUUUUUGACAACCGCCUCACACUGGUGCCAUCACAUGCCUUUGAGUACCUCAGCAAGCUACGGGAGCUGUGGCUGCGAAACAACCCCAUCGAGACUCUGCCGGGCUAUGCCUUCCACCGAGUGCCCUCACUACGACGCCUGGACCUGGGUGAGCUCAAGAAGUUGGAUUUCAUCUCCGACGCGGCGUUUGUCGGCCUCGUCAAUCUACGGUACCUGAACCUGGGCAUGUGUGGGCUGAAGGACAUUCCCAAACUGACAGCCCUCGUGCGAUUGGAGGAGCUGGAGUUGUCGGGAAACAGGCUGGAGAUCAUUCGACCUGGUUCCUUCCAGGGCUUGGUGUCGCUACGCAAACUGUGGCUCAUGCACUCGCAGGUUUCCGUCAUCGAGCGCAACGCUUUCGACGACCUAAAGAACCUGGAGGAGCUCAACCUGUCCCAUAACUCCCUGCACUCCUUGCCCCAUGACCUCUUCACGCCGCUACACCAGCUGGAGAGGGUCCACCUGAACCACAAUCCCUGGGUCUGCAACUGUGAUGUGCUUUGGCUGAGCUGGUGGUUGAAAGAAACGGUGCCGAGCAACACCACCUGCUGUGCUCGCUGCCACGCUCCCCCGUUCUUGAAAGGCAAAUACAUCGGAGAGCUUGAUCAGAGCCAUUUCACCUGUUAUGCACCUGUCAUUGUGGAGCCACCUACCGACCUCAAUGUCACCGAGGGUAUGGCUGCUGAGCUCAAGUGUCGCACAAGCACCUCCACGACGUCCGUCAACUGGAUCACCCCGAAUGGAACCCUGAUGACUCACGGAUCAUAUCGGGUUCGGAUAUCCGUCCUCCACGAUGGCACGCUCAACUUCACGAAUGUCACCCUGCGUGACACGGGUCAGUACACCUGCAUGGUGACCAAUGCUGCCGGCAACACCACAGCAACCGCUGUCCUCAAUGUCACUGCUGCUGACGCCAGUGUCAACUACACCUACUUCACAACAGUCACCGUGGAAACUGUGGAAACCCCAGGAGAGGAGGAGUCUGCUCUGGUAGCCAUCAAUGAGACCUUCAUUCGUGUUCACCCUGGUCCAACGCCUUCAGGCCACCUCUGGCCAGAAGGCGUUUCUACUACGGCGUCCUCUCUGUCCGCCGGCUGGUCCUCAUCCUCUCCCCGGGCAACAAGACCCACCUUCACUGUGCCCAUCACGGAACCAGGCUUCUCAGGCCUGGAUGAUGUGAUGAAGACCACCAAGAUCAUCAUCGGCUGCUUCGUAGCCAUUACCUUCAUGGCAGCGGUGAUGUUGGUGGUUUUCUAUAAGCUGAGGAAGCAGCAUCAGCUGCACAAGCACCACGGUCCUGCUCGCGCCAUCGAGAUCAUCAACGUGGAGGAUGAGCUAGGGGCUGGAGCCAGCGGUCGGGGUAGCGGUAUCUCAGGAGGCUCUACUAUGACCCAGAGCGGAAACAGUGGAUUAGGAGGGGGCCAGAGCCUCAGGCUGCACCAUCCGGAGAUCGUCAACUUACCAAACCUGGCCCGAUCGGAGCACCUCAACCACUACUACAAAACCCAUCACUUCAACAACAACAUGAUGACCCUGGGAAUGGGCACGGGUGGUGUGGGCCUCAACAACAACAACAACCCCUCCCCUUGCUCACCGUCUCAGAACACGUCCAUACCCUGUUCCCAGAUUCCAACCUCCACCAGUGGAGGAAUGUCCACAGGGGGCACCCUGCCCUCCCCUAUGCCCCUGCCCCAGCUGGGUCUCCACAGUUCUCUCAAAGGCCUUAUGGGGAAAAGCCAGAACGAGCCCCUGCUUUUUAAGAGCGGCUCCAAGGAAAAUGUUCAAGAGACUCAAAUUUGAGUGAGAGCGGAGUAAGACGUAGAUUUUGCUUGAUAGAGACAGUGAGACAGAAAAAGAGCCAGUGAGACCGAGUAAACGAGACUGAUUGUAGCCUACUGUCCUCAUGGACAGAUUCCAGAAAAGAUUAUAUUCACAUAGUUGCUGCUUUGCAUUGUCAGUCUCCUGACAGGGAGAAGCAGUCAGAGAGAGAGAGAGAGGGUGACAGAGUAAAAUAUCAUAUCAGCACUAGUCCCAACAAUAACAUUUGCACAUGCUUUUAAAGUCAAUCAAACACAGACAUAUAAGAUGUACACACCAAACACCAGAGUUGUUUAGUUGCCUGUUAACCCUGCAACAGUCUUUGCCAAAGCGAUGAAGCCAACGCUUUGAUUUGUUUCCACGAUCACAGUGGAACACUAUAACUACUACACAAGUACUGAGCCUCUUUAGGUUUUAUACAGAUCCAUUCAUAUAUUUCCAGACACAUAUAGUUUAUAUAUUUGGACAGAAACAUAAUAUUGGCCAUUGAAGGUGUUGUCGUAUUAGUGUUUGGCAGAGACUCUGGAUAACAAACAAUGGUUUGGGUGAGCAGUAUGGUCCCAGGUUUCCAGGAAGCGCUAACACAAAGCAGAGAAAGCAGAAUUAGAGCCGUGCAACGAUUCCGUCCAGAACACACGUCUGAGACGAGCGCUCUGCAGGGAGACAGAAAACAACACAAAAGUAUAUUUUCAGAGUGGGUUCACUCUCAAUUUCUCACUUUUUUCCCUUUUUUAAAACCUUACUGGCUACUGUCUCCUUUGAAUGAGGACAAAAAAGAAUAGUUUAUCAUGGGGACGAGGAAAAAACUCCUGUGGCUUAAAGGACAAUGAGAGAUACAAAAAGAACCGAAAGUAAAUAUUAUAUAUACCGUAAAUAUAUUUUCAUUCAAAGAAAUAAAUUAUAAAGAAUCUCUAUCAAACUUCUGACUGGAACUACGACGUCUGAAGAGUAGUUGAAAAAAAAAAAAAAAAGAUACACAGCUGUUGUAGUGGCCCUCCCUUACCACUUCUCCAAACUUGAAACAAGACGGCCGCAGCGACUGUGCUACAUUAAGGACACGUGGGAGCGUGGCAGCUGUUGAGAGGGAGCUAAAAAACGUGUUUGGGUGAAUUUAUUUUGGUCUUGACUCUUUUUUUUUUGUAGCCACACAAAAAGUGUUUUCCCCUCUCCUGUCGCAUCCACACAAACAGGGUCAUCGCAGGAGGGACAUCUUAACACCCUGCUGCGAAAAACCAUGAAACACGACGACGACUCUUCAUCAUUUGCUACACAGCAUAGCUAGAGUAAUAAUAAUAAUGAUCAGAAUGGUAAUAAUGAUAACAAGCUUUAGCUUAAUUUGUCAUAACGGCCAUUUAAUAAUGAACAAUAUAUUACUGUAUUAUUACUGUAACGGAAAUGUUGCACAUGCUAGCUUAGCAUGCUAUCUAGAGACACAUGCUAGUUCAACGUAAAAGAUCUUUCACAAAGAGGAUAUGACAUAUUAUUGUUACUAUGUUAUCAUUGUUAUCAUUGAUAUGAGGAUUAUUAUUACUACUUGUGCCUAUAAAUAGCUGAGAUGACAUAUUUUUUCAUAUGUAUAUGACACUGAAGUUGUUUCGUGACUGACCCUGUUGGACUCCGGCUAACGAACAGUGGCGGGACGACGAACUCGGCGUGCCCGCUAAGUGAACUCCUCGCGCAUCAGCAGGAAAUAACCUGGCCCUCAAAAAUGGCUUCCUCAAUCCAGCCCUCACUGACUCGUCUGCUCCGGUGUGUCUGGAGCAGGAAGGACCCCCCUCAUGUUAUCACGCGGUAAAGACAGGACACGAAUCCCCUUUGAUGAAGACUGCUCCUUUGCAGGGGAUUAUUUCACAACUGUAUCUCAGUGUUAUCGUGUGUGAGUGGAUUUCAUGGCAGCAGGGCGCUAAACGGACACUGCCGAGCAUUUUUAAAGGUAAGCGCGGCUCGUUCAGUGAAGCAGGAGGUAACAUGCAGUGCAGUAUACAGUGGUGGGUGAAUUUUUUCUAAAGAAAAAGGACAAUUAAAUGAAAAAAAUAUAGAAGCUUAUAGAUCUCUUUUAAAAAAAAACAAAAUUAUUAUGAUAAGUGUUUUUCAUUUUGGGUUUUUAUCAAGUUUGAUUAUUUUCUGUUUUUUUAAAUCAGGUGUUAUCUUUAUUGUAAUAUUGUUAUUGUUAUUAUAAUUAGCUAAUUACACUGGUUAUAAUUCUGAGAGAUGUUCUGUUAGCAGAGGUCACUUUGAAAAUUAAAAAAACCUGGCACAUACAAUGGCAGUUG